GUGCCGCGGGCAGAGCCCGGCCCCGCUCCCCACCCCGCCCUAGCUCCCGGCUCCGUCCUAGCCCCGGUCCCGCUGCGUCGUGCGCCGAGCCGAAGGCACCAAGAUGGUUGUUCUCUCGAAGGAGUAUGGCUACGUCAUCCUGACGGGGGCUGCCAGCUUUGUCUUGGUCGGGCACCUUGCGGUCAAAGUGGCCAAGGCCCGCAAGAAGUACAACGUGGAGUACCCAACCAUGUACAGCACAGACCCCGAGCACGGCCGAGUGUUCAACUGCAUCCAGCGCGCACACCAGAACACGCUGGAGGUCUACCCUGCCUUCCUUUUCUUCUUAGCCACUGGGGGACUCUACCACCCGCGGGUUGCCACAGGGCUUGGCCUGACCUGGAUCCUUGGGAGAAUCCUCUAUGCCUACGGCUACUACACAGGAGAGCCCAAAAACCGGAGCAGAGGAGCCAUUGGGUCACUGGCACUCCUUGGGCUGGUGGGCACGGGCAUCUGCUCGGCCUGCCGGCACCUUGGCUGGAUCACUCCACGUCACUGCAGGUCUUUGUGAUGCAGAUCCUCACGAGGACUGUCCUGAUGGCUGCCUGGGAAACUAAAGGCGUUUUUGUCUGUUUCUUCUAAAACAUUUAAUUUGCUGGUUUGUUUGGGGCUUUUCCUUUUCUCAUUCAAUAAAAUGAAGUUGUCAGUUCUGUA